AUUAUCGUCGAAUACGAUAAUCGUUAACUUUCCCAGCACUUUUUAUAUAAAAAAUACACACCAACAUGUUUAUAUAUCUACAAAAAUUAAUAGAAAGAAAAAUAAACAAUUAUACGCAUGGUCCUUACUAUUGAGAAUCAUGACCUAGGAAAUUUUUCGAAGAAAGCUUUACCUUUACCGAUAUUUGAAGGGGUUACCCAUAUAAUUAGAGCAAUAUAUGAAACGUCAGAUAUUAAGAAGAAGAAGAGAAUACAGACAGACUAUCAAACAGGCAGAAUAAAGGUGUUAUUUCCUACUAUCCUUGAUUCACCAUAAUGACAGUGACAGUACUUGGAGGUGGCAUCAGUGGAUUGGCGGCUGCUCAUUACCUACGGACCAUCAACCCCUCCUCUAGGAUUGUAGUUCUGGAAGCUUCGCAUAGGUUGGGAGGCUGGAUUGAUUCUACCAAGCACAAUGACGGUGUUGUGUAUGAAGGAGGACCUAGAACACUUAGAGUGGUUGGUAAUGCAGGAGCCAACACUUUAGCCUUAGCAGAAAGUCUUGGCCUAAGAGAUAAGAUUCGCAGUGUCCGUUAUGGGGAGCCAUCUGCUAAGAACAGGAUGAUUAAAGUCAAUGGCUCUUUACACAAAUUACCAAACAGCCUGAAGACAACCCUAACAAAGAUUCCUCCCUUCUCAAAGCCAUUAGCUCUAAGUGCAAUUAGUGAUUUGCGAGCAAAAAAAGUUCUUUCUGAUGAUGAAAGUCUCUUCAGCUUUGUCAACAGGCGUUUUGGCUCAGAUGUUGCAAGAUAUGCAAUUGAUCCUUUAGCGAGGGGAGUCUUUGCUGGUAAUGCUCGAGACCUUAGUGUCAAGGCACUUGCCAAAAGAAUGCACGAAGUUGAACAGAAACAUGGCUCUGUGCUUAAGGGUUUCAUUAAAGACAGGAAGAAUGCAGAGAAACCAGACCCUGGGCUGGCAAAAUGUGACUUAGUCCAGCAAGCAAGAAAAGAAAAAUGGGCCGUUUGGUCUCUUCAGGAUGGCUUAGAGACAUUAGUGAAGACUCUUGCAGAGAGUCUUGAACAGGAUGGUGUUGAGAUUAGAAGGGGCACUCCAGUGUUAGGAAUUCGGAGGAGUCAGGGGGAUCUUGUUGUGCAGACAAAUGGUGAAGAAAUACAUACUGAGAGAGUUAUAUCUUGUCUUCCUGCAAAUCAUUUAAGCCAAGUGGUGAGUGAUAUUGAUACAGACUUAAGCAUCAUACUAAGUAGAAUACCCUUUGUUACAGUAGCUGUUGUAACACUUGAAUAUACAGGGGACAGACUGAAUGAACAAGCAUUUGGCUAUCUUGUGCCUUCCACAGAACCCAGUAAGGUUCUGGGUGUAAUUUUUGACACAUGCACAUUCUCACAAGGUGACAGAACCAUAUUAACUGUAAUGAUGGGAGGAUAUUGGUUCAAACAGUAUUUUGGAGAGAGUCCAACACCAGAGAGCUUUUUGGAUGUUGCCCUCAAAGAAGUGGAAUCAGUACUUAAGAUAAAAGAAGCACCAGUGCGACAUAGUGUCAACAUUCUAAAAGAUUGUAUACCACAAUACAUUGUAGGACACUCUGAGAUGGUAAUCAAUGCAAGGAACUUGAUUAGACACUCAAAAAUCCCACUGGUAUUGGCAGGGAAUUCGUACGAUGGUGUAGGAGUAAAUGAUGCCAUAAUGAGUGCAAAAAAAGCUGUAUUACAGUAAAAAGAAACAAAUAUAUAUAUAAAAAAAAUG